AUGUCUUUCUUUCGCUUCAUAUCAUAUUAUAAUCUCACAAUUUCUCUGUCAUCUUCUCACUUUCUCAAUCUCACCUGUUUAUAUCUAUCUAUCUGUGUGUCUGUCUAUAUCUAUCUAUCUAUCUAUCUAUCUAUCUAUCUAUCUAUCACUCUGUUCAUAUCUAUCUUAGCCUGUUCAUAUCUAUCUAUCUAUCUAUCUAUCUAUCUAUCUAUCUAUCACUCUGUUCAUAUCUAUCUUAGCCUGUUCAUAUCUAUCUAUCUAUCUAUCUAUCUAUCUAUCUAUCUAUCUAUCUAUCUAUCUAUCACUCUGUUCAUAUCUAUCUUAGCCUGUUCAUAUCUAUCUAUCUAUCUAUCUAUCUAUCUAUCUAUCUAUCUAUCUAUCUAUCACUCUGUUCAUAUCUAUCUUUGCCUGUUCAUAUCUAUCUAUCUAUCUAUCUAUCUAUCUAUCUAUCUGUCUUUCUAUCUAUCUAUCUAUCUAUCUAUCUAUCUAUCUAUCUAUCUAUCUAUCUAUCUUCAUUUCUUACACUUGAAAUUCAAGUUGUGGUUAACGAACUUGGUUAUUGAUUCAAUGGUUAUCUGUCUCAACCGAUGCGUCUGGGCGCGCUGA